GAAGAGCUUACAAGAGACACCAAAACAUCGGAGUAAACCCUCUAAUUAAAAAAAACCCACAACCUUGUGAAGAUGAAGACAUUCAGUGUUGCAGUUGCAGUAGCCGUCGUGCUCACAUUUAUCUGUAUCCACAAGAGUUCUGCAGUCCCACUCAAUGAAGAGCAAGUGCUGGAGGAACCAGUGGGCUUUGACAAUCCACCUGCUGCACAUAGAGUAGCGGGACCACUGGAGAUGAACAACAGACAGAAGCGUGGAGUUCAGUGUUUUCAGUGCUGCUAUCCCACAGAUGAUGGACGUUUUGUGGUGAAGCGUGGCACCGAUUGUCGCUUCUGCUGCGGCUGCUGCACUCUUGGGGUCUGCGGAUGGUGCUGCAGAUUCUGA